AUGUCUUUCCUCUUCGGGAGAGCUCGCACUAGGACCAACACGCUCGAUUUGUCCAAACAGGCGAGGGAGCAUGUGACCAAACUAGAUGUUGCCGGAAAGGCAGAGGAACUUGCCAAGGUCCUAAGUCAAAUGAAGCUUGUCCUUCAAGGAACACCAGAAUCCGACAGUACUCCCGAACAAGUAUAUCAACUAGUACAGGGCCUCAUUGAGGAGGAUUUACUACUCCUACUGGCGCAAAACUUAUGGCGUCUCCCAUUUGAGUCACGAAAAGACACCCAAGUCAUCUUCUCAUACGUUUUCCGUUUUCGACCACCGACCGCUUCGCCCAAGACCGACCCGGUGGCGCUGAGCUACGUCGUCAACAACAAGCCGCAAGUUCUGCUUGAACUGUGUCGCGGGUAUGAACACAAGGAGAGCGCAACGCCGGCCGGGACGGUGCUCCGGGAAGUGCUGAAGAACGAGGCCGCUGCUGCCAUUGUCCUCUUCGACGAUGGCGAAGAGCUGGGUUCAAGCACCAAGGGCGUCACUGCUAUUGAAAGAGACCGGUUGCAGAGCGGUAGUGGCGUCUUCUGGAGGUUCUUCGACUGGAUCGACAAGAGCUCCUUUGAGGUUGCAGCAGAUGCCUUCACCACGUUCAGGGAGCUUUUGACUAGACACAAGGAGCUCGUACCGAGGUACUUGGCAGUCAAUUUUGAGCUCUUCUUUGACAAGUAUAACCAUAUACUGGUGCAAUCAAACAGCUAUGUCACCAAACGUCAGUCGAUUAAGUUGCUCGGCGAAAUACUACUCGACCGUUCCAAUUAUAAUGUCAUGACGGCUUACGUUGAUCGUGGGGAGCACCUCAAGAUCUGCAUGAAUUUAUUGCGCGAUGACAGGAAGAUGGUUCAGUAUGAAGGAUUCCAUGUGUUCAAAGUCUUCGUCGCAAAUCCGAACAAGUCGGUGGCAGUGCAGAAGAUCCUCAUUAUGAACAGAGAGAAGCUACUCAACUUUUUGAGCCACUUUCUGGAAGAUCGGACCGAUGAUGAGCAAUUCAUUGAUGAGAGAGAAUUCCUCAUCAAGCAGAUUCGAAACCUACCGCCAAACCCAGUUACCCCCGCCAGACAGAUGCACCAAGGCGUCUGA